UCGAGGUGCCAGAGCGAGAGGGAGGGAGAGGGAGAGGGAGUAAGUGGCAGCUGAGCAUUGGGAUAAGACGGGACGAGGAGAGAGAGAGAGAGAGAGAUAGAAGGCAAAGACCGAAGGAGCAAAGCAACAGAGAGAGAGAGAGAGAGAGAGACACUCUCAACACACAUUAUGGAUAUCCUGGUGCUUUUGUACUUCUUCUUCCCGCUGACUGUGGCCGUUGAAGAUACACUUAUGGAUUCGAGAUUGGAGACUGCCGAGUUGGGAUGGACCGCACACCCAGAAACUGGGUGGGAAGAGGUGAGCGGGUACGACGAUGGAAUGAACCCUAUCCGUACGUAUCAGGUGUGUAACGUGAUGGAAGCCAACCAGAAUAACUGGCUUCGGACUACUUACAUAGCACGCAGAGAUGUUCAGAGAGUCUACGUGGAGAUGAAGUUCACCGUUCGGGACUGCAACAGCAUACCAAAUAUCCCCGGCUCCUGUAAGGAAACGUUUAAUUUAUUUUACUACGAGUCGGACUCUGACUCGGCCACCCCGACGACUCCGUUCUGGAUGGAGAAUCCGUAUGUCAAAGUGGACACCAUCGCGCCGGACGAGAGCUUUUCCAAACUGGAGAACGGCAGAGUCAACGUGAAGAUCCGAAGCUUCGGUCCUUUAUCCAGGAAUGGAUUCUACCUAGCGUUCCAGGAUCUGGGAUCGUGCAUGUCGCUCAUCUCCGUCCGCGUCUUCUACAAGAAGUGCCCGUCUGUCAUUGCGAACUUCGCGGUCUUUCCGGAAACGGUCACCGGAGCUGAGGCCACGUCACUCGUCAUCGCUCCAGGCACGUGUCUCACGAAUGCCGUCGAGGUAUCCGUCCCACUGAAGCUGUACUGCAAUGGGGAUGGGGAGUGGAUGGUUCCUGUUGGCGAUUGUACCUGUUCUUCUGGAUAUGAACCUGCUGAGAAGGAGACCGCCUGCCAAGCCUGUAUCCCGGGAACCUUCAAGGCCAAGCAGGGCAAGGGGCCGUGUUCCCCUUGUCCACCCAACAGCCGGACCACCUUGGGGGCAGCCACCAUCUGCCCGUGCCGGACCGGAUUCUAUCGAGCAGAUAACGACCAGCCCGAGAUGGCGUGCACAAGUGUGCCGUCGAUUCCACGGAACGUUAUCUCCAACGUAAACAAGACCUCUCUGAGCCUGGAGUGGAGCGAGCCCCUGGACACUGGGGGACGGGACGACCUCCUCUACAACAUCAUCUGCAAGAAGUGCAGCGUGGAGCGCAAAAUCUGUUCCCGCUGCGAUGACAACGUGGAGUUCGUGCCCCGCCAGCUGGGCCUGACCGAGAAGCACGUGUUCAUCAGCAACCUCCUGGCUCACACUCGCUACACGUUUGAAAUCCAAGCAGUGAACGGCGUCUCCAACAAAAGCCCGCACUCUCCCCAGUUUGCGUCCGUCAGCAUCACCACCAACCAGGCUGCACCUUCUCCUGUCCUGAUAGUGCAUUUUCUGAGUGCAACAGACAGCAGCUUAUCCUUGUCGUGGCUUCCUCCCGAAAAACCCAACGGCAUCAUCCUGGACUAUGAGCUGAAGUAUUGGGAACAGGAACAGGAUGAGAAAACCGCCUCGACCAUCACGAGUCAGAAGAACAGCAUUCGGAUCGACGGGCUGAGAGCUGCCGCUUCCUACGCGGUUCAGGUGCGGGCGAGGACCGUGGCCGGCUACGGGAAGUACAGCCGCCCUGUAGAAUUCCAGACCCAGAACGAAAGUGACAGCGGGAAAGGUAUCCAGGAACAACUUCCGUUGAUUAUCGGUUCCUCCACCGCCGCCCUGAUCUUUAUCGUGGCAGUCGUCGUGGUCAUCGUUGUGUGCAUCAGGAAACGCAGUCAUGGUUCGGAGUCGGAGUACACAGAGAAGCUCCAGCAGUACAGCACCGGCCACAUUACACCAGGAAUGAAGGUCUACAUCGAUCCUUUCACGUACGAAGAUCCAAAUGAAGCCGUCCGGGAAUUUGCCAAGGAAAUUGAUGUGUCGUGCGUCAAAAUUGAAGAAGUUAUUGGAGCAGGUAGACUAAAAGGAGAAUUCGGGGAGGUGUGCAGAGGGCGUCUUAAACUUCCGGGACGAAGAGAGAUCUUUGUAGCAAUAAAAACGCUCAAGGCUGGGUACACGGAAAGGCAGCGGAGGGAUUUCCUAAGCGAGGCAAGCAUCAUGGGGCAGUUCGAUCACCCGAACAUCAUCCAUUUGGAAGGGGUGGUGACCAAGAGCCGUCCUGUUAUGAUCGUCACAGAGUUCAUGGAGAACGGAGCCUUGGACUCAUUCCUUAGGAUGAACGAUGGACAGUUCACUGUCAUCCAGCUCGUUGGUAUGUUGAGGGGCAUCGCAGCCGGGAUGAAGUAUUUGGCGGAGAUGAAUUACGUGCACCGGGAUCUUGCCGCCAGGAACAUUCUGGUCAACAGUAACCUUGUGUGCAAAGUGUCUGACUUUGGCUUGUCGAGAUUCCUGGAGGACGAUGCAACAGACCCGACCUACACAAGUUCACUGGGUGGGAAAAUCCCCAUCAGGUGGACGGCCCCAGAAGCCAUCGCGUACCGCAAGUUUACCUCGGCCAGCGACGUGUGGAGUUACGGGAUUGUCAUGUGGGAAGUCAUGUCGUAUGGAGAGCGACCAUACUGGGACAUGUCCAACCAGGAUGUUAUCAAUGCUGUGGAACAGGAUUACCGCUUGCCACCGCCCAUGGACUGCCCCACCGCCCUGCACCAGCUGAUGUUAGACUGCUGGGUGAAAGACCGCAACAACAGGCCCAAAUUUGCCCAGAUCGUCAACACGUUGGACAAGUUAAUCCGAAACGCAGCCAGUCUCAAGGUCGUCUCCAACGCCAACCCAGGCCCCUCCCAGCCUCUUUUGGAUCGUACAGUUCCCGACUACACCACAUUCACCACAGUGGGAGAUUGGCUAGAUGCCAUUAAAAUGGGUCGGUACAAGGAGAAUUUUAUUAAUGCCGGGUUCACCUCAUUCGACCUGGUUGCUCAGAUGACGGCAGAGGAUUUGUUGAGGAUAGGAGUCACCUUGGCUGGACAUCAGAAGAAAAUACUCGGCAGCAUUCAGGACAUGAGGUUACAGAUGAAUCAGACUCUACCAGUGCAGGUCUGAUCACAAGGAACCUUACUACACAAUAGGAAUGAAGUCAAGCGAGAGAAUUAUCUGCCAAAAGGAUAUUUUGUGUGCAGUGCCUGGCUUCUGGUUUUACCUCUGUGGAGCAUCUGGAACCAUUGCCUCAGAGCAAUCUCUUGGUUCAAGGAUAAUUGUAGUGUGAACGGCUCCGAUAAGGAAUGCAGUCUAAAAAUCGUUGCGUCUUUCUGAGAUGCUUGGCUUUGCCUCCUGGAAAUCUAUUCCCCUUGCACCAAAUCUGCGAUGACAACAAGACUGUCGAGAAGUGGCCACCACAGGCGAGAAAGCCAGUGCGUAUUAAGUCUUCAUAUUGAAGAUGUGUUAUUUAAAUCGAUGUGUGACGUUGCCACUUGGAAUACUGGGUCACGAGUUUGAUAUAUAGUCCGUGUGUUGCAUUCCUUCACAGCACCCCUGUCCCCCUUGAGAAACGAUAAAGAAGCUGGAUAAUCCUGUACAUAGCAUGGCACCCUGCUAUCUAGACUCCACGCUAAUUCUCAACUUGCAAUGUAGAUGGAUUUGGAUUAGGUUAGCGUUAAUGGCUUUGGGGUACAUUUGGUCCAAAUUUGACUCUUCUUCACGACUUGUAAGGCACUCAAGCAUUGACUGCCACCCAGCGCCGAGCACUGACAAAAUAAUAUUUGGAAGGGAGAAUUGAUUCCUGGAUUUAUUGGCUCUGUCUGUGCAUUAGCAAAUGCAACGAGCACAGAACAGCUUCCGUUAAUGCACCAUCAGAUAUGACAUGACUGCUGCAAAUGCAAGGUACAUGCCUCCCACCCCCAUGGACUUCAGCACUGGGAUUUCCUCUGGUUUCCAUUUGAUUUGAUGAAGGUGUCACUUGUGUGUGUGUGUGCGUGGGGAGGGAAAGAGCAGUCAUGGGGUGGGGUGGGACUGUCAGUGAACAACUCCGAGCUGGAGAAUGAACUAUGGGAAGGCAAGAAAAGUUUUGUGAGCCGUCAUAAAGAAGGAACGAAGAUCUUUCGGAGAAUGGAGAUCCUGUGUGUGUGUGUGCGGUGGGGGGCUGAAGGGAAGCCAAAAUGAACUUCACGACCACCUGUUUAUUCAAGUGCUGUCAAACUUCUGUUGUCAUUGCCAAAAAAANCCAAGACGGGAACUUCUAUUUUUCCUAAAGAACUGAGAAAAUCUUUUGUGAACUCGAGCGUGGAGCACCUGUAUGGCGAAACGAAAUAACCGUGGAAAUGGCAAUAAGCAUUUGGGAUUUUGGUUUGCAAUCCAGCGUGUUUGUAGUUCAUCUGCAUUCCUCUCCCCUCCUGACGUUCAAGGGAAACGAGGUGGAGGAAAUUGUACAUUUGUACAUACUAUCCAAUAUUUCCCUUUCGUUAAUGUGUGGGCUUCAGAUACGGACUGUGUAUAUUUUGCCACUCUGAAGGGAUCGGGCCUGAACUGUAUAUAGAAAAGGCAAAACAAAAAAUGUGCAGAGAUCUCGCAUGAAUAUUCUACAGUCCUGAAUCACACACACACACAAAACAAGACACUUAAUCCCAAAUUGUACUGUAAAAUAACACUGUGUUGUAAAGAAACAAAAAAAACAAUUAUUUUGAACUAUUUGUUGUGAAAUGUUACUCAGUAGUUGCUAAAAAGUGUCUGCUCAGCAUCGGUGAUCAUGAUAAAAAAAAUGUUAUGUUAUUGUUGCUAUGAAAUCUGGUACAAGCUUUAAUUAUUCCCCAGCCCACCAUUUCUUCUGUAGUCAUCUCUUACCUCCUCCCUUUCCCUACUCAACUCCCCAACGCCCCCCAUUUUUAUGCCUGUGAUAGCCUUACACUGGCUUAAUCUUUUGUAGAAAGACCUAAUGGCUCUCUUCCGGUCACUUUGGAAAACAAACCUGUAUAGUAUUUUACAAUCUUUUUAAAAUAUUGAGAUGUAUUUAAUGGUGAAAAAAACAAAGAUGCGUUCUUGCAUUUGUAGAAAUAUUUUUAAAAACAAACCCGUUUUGCAAUUAAA